AACCUUCAACAGAAAGCCAACAAACCGCCGAACUGUACAGACGUAGUACAUGCUCUCCCCCUCUCCCUCGCUCUCCUUUCAUUGCUAUUCAACGCUCUCUCUCGGUGCUUCGGUAUAAGACCUCUCUAGCUCUACUGGCUCCCUUCAUACUCCGUGCAGUGGAAUCUAUACUUGCAUGGUAAAUAGGGGGCUGAUACACGAUGCUUGGUACGCUCACACGUAUGUGAUAUUCCUCGCCUUCGUAGUACCAGCAGAAGUAAGAAGGGGAAGUAUACUGCAUCGGUUAGAGCUCGGCAGUCAGUCGCUAGGCAAACCUGAUCAGGAACACAUCGCUGGAACUUUACUCUCAACCCGGUGAUCUUGUAUGUCUUUGCAUUGAUAUAUUUGGUGAUUUUAUCGGUUCAAGGUGAGAUUGCAGAGCUGCCGGAGGGUUGUGAUCCAAUUGGAUAUUCUCUUCUCACCAGGAUUUAAAGUUUAUAUCAUUUUCUUUAUAUGUGGUGCUGUUUGCCAAUCAUACAAUGGAUUUGGUUUGGAUGUGAUUAUAAUAUUUCCCAGGAUUUGGUUGCAGUAAAUACCAAGGUAAAGGUUCAGGCAAGAACUAAUUAGCAGACGAGCCUCAUUUGUGGCAUCCCAGUCGGUAGUCUCAUCCCCGAGAUUCUUGCGUUGCCAUGGAGAUGAUGGAGACGUCAACACAGUAUCACGGAAGGCUAGGCGGCUCACUGUGUUCUAUUAACGACCAUCACAUGGCGCUUGGCCGGCUGAGCAAGGGGAACAGUAGCGAAGACACGUCUAGUGACGACGUGGACUUAGAUGCCUUAGUUAACGGCAUGAAUUCCUUUCCAACAUACAAUGAAGAUAGGCCUUUGUUGGCCAGCACCGAGUCGUUAAACAACCAUCUGUCGGCGCAGCAGGGCGGUUUGAAUGGAAUCUACUUGUGUCGCCAAGCCAGUCAGCCAGCCACGCCCACAAGAACACAACCCACCUCACCUCACAAUCAAAACCAUAGCAACAAUCAUCAUGUCACCAACAACCACCACCAUCAUCACCACCACCAAAGGCAUCAGCUGCAACACAGCACGAGUCUCACCUCUCGGUUCAUCCCGCGCCUCGACCGCGAAUGGAGGAGCAAGUCGAUGCCGGAGGAUCUGCGAGAGCCGGUGGCCACCGCCCCGCUCAGCUCGUCAUUCCCGCAGAGAGGGCAGAGCGAGAGCAGCAGCGGGGGCAGUGAUGGCGACGAGGCUCAGGUACCCGACCCGUUCCCGGAGUUGGGCGGAUGCAGUCCAAGAUGGAAAACAACGCUGGGCUCUGCUGUGGAGGAAUUAUUUCUACGACAAAAGCUCAAAGAGAAGAAAACCAUGGAGGAGACAAACAAUAACGACAAUAUCACACAGGCUUUGGUGAAGGUGCUCAGCGAAGACGGCAUGACGAAGGUUUGUCAGGUGGACGGCAGUCACCGGGUGGAGGAGAUCUGCCGUCAGAUGGUCGCUAGGAACCACGCCCUCAACGACAAGAGCUGGUCGCUUGUUGAAGAGCUACCCGACCUUGACCUUGAAAGGACGUUAGAAGACCAUGAAAGUGUAUUAGAAGUCUACAAGCAACACCUCAACUCUACCCACGGGAAACUCCACUUACGAAAAGACUUUAGGAAAUAUGAGAUGUUUCUUAAUCCAGGGCAAUUCUUCCCAGCGCACAUGGUAGCGGACCCGAGUGAGACGGCCGAUAAUUUAUUUGAGAAGCCGAAGAGGCCCCGGCCGCCAUUAAUACUGGACAUGCUUAGUCCAGUGGAGACUCUACCAGAGAUCCAGGGCUGGCUUCAUAUCAGGGAAGGCCACAAGCGAUCCUGGAAGAAAUACUUCUGCGUCCUCAGGGAAUCUGGACUGUACUACUCCUCCAAAGGGAGUUCUAAGGACCCAAGACACCUGAACCACUUUGUGCAAUUGAGUAACAUUGAAAUCUACAGGGCGUUGAACCCUAAGAAGAAGUACCACGCACCCACCGAGUUCAUGUUCUGUACCAAGACCAAGAACUCCAAAUUCAGUGCAAAGGAUCUGAGGUUAAUGUGUGCGGAGGACGAGAAGACGAGGCAGUGCUGGCUGGCUGCCCUGAGACUCUUCAAACACGGUGAACAGCUCCUUGAGAACUACCAGAGGGCGCUAGAGAGAACCAUCAAGACGAGGGAAGAAUGCCAGGAAGUCUUAUUACAGAACAUGAAGAACUGUUCAGACCGUGUAGCAAUGGAUUUCUCUGGAACCCAAGGACGGGUCAUUGACAAUCCUAGCGAAGCCAUCGCCAUUGCAAGGCAGGAGGAGUUCAACUGGAGGAGACGAGGUGGUCAGCGGUCCCUCGAUAGCCCACUCAUAAGUCCCCGAGUGACGACCAGCAGCCCCCGCUUCAAUUUCCCUCCAUCCUCCGGGGGUUCCAACAGCCCCCACUCCCAGCUAUCGAGUAGUCCCAGGCACAACAACCCCAGCCCUCGUAGUCAUCAUAACACCAGUCCUGGGGCCUGCAGGAGGGGUGGUAUCAACUCAGGUAUUCACAUGACACAGCCAUGGUUUCACAGCGGACUGACGCGGGACGAGACACACGCCCUCUUUGCCAAGCAAGGUAUGGUCGACGGCAUGUUCCUGAUUCGGGAGAGUCAACGGAUCCCCGGAGCAUUCGUCCUCUCAUUCAGCCACAACCAGAAGGUCAAACACUAUCAAAUUAACAUGGUCGAAGACGGUAUCUACACGAUAGACGACGGAGGAACACGCUUCACUGACCUCAUUCAGCUCGUAGAAUUCUACCAGCUCAACUCAGGGGGGCUCCCGACAAGACUCUUACACAUCUGCACAAAACUGUGAACGGGAUCGCCCGCCGCCCCAAUAUCUCUAUUGCAAUUUAUUUGAUUGAAGAUAUACAAACCGUGAAAGACGUAUAUAUAUAUUCUGUGGAAGAUAUUAUAUGGGAGCUACACAUACUACUUGUCCGCAAUGUUU